AUAUGUGUGGCUGCUGGGGCUUUUCACUUUGAUCAUCCACCACCCACUUUUCUUAUCGUUAUUUUGUUCUCCAUUUGCAUAUAAUUCUGGGUACUGCCUCUCACAAACACAAACUACAUAUAUGAACUCUUCCUGAUCCAUUAUUAUUACUAGACAGAGAUCGAGUGCUUCCAAAUGGCUGCUAUAAUAGCCCAGCUGGAUGCUUCUUCCACCUUUUACCGGUGUACUUACGAUGUGUUCUUGAGUUACAGAGGCGAAGAUACACGCAAGGGGUUUACGGAUCACCUCUACAGGGCUUUGGAGCAGGCUGGAUUCCACACCUUUAGAGACGAUGAUGAGAUCAAGAGAGGAGCAAACAUUGCAGCUGAGAUACAGAGAGCAGUACAAGAAUCACGAGUAUCGAUAAUUGUCUUCUCGAAGAACUACGCUUCCUCAACAUGGUGCUUGGACGAACUUGUGAAGAUCAUGGAACGUAGAAAAGCUGAUGAUGGACUCAUGGUGAUGCUAGUUUUCUAUGAUGUGGAUCCAUCCCAUGUUAGGAAGCUGACUGGUAGUUUUGCAAAUUCAUUUUCUGGACCUGAAGAUCACUUCAAGGAGGACAUCGACAAGGUGGAGGGGUGGAGAAGAGCUCUUAGAGAUGUAGAAGAUCUGGGAGGGAUGGUCUUAGGAGAUGGCUCCCUAUAUGUUGGUGUAGCUGUUAUCUAUGGGAUGGGUGGAGUUGGCAAAACCACUAUUGCCAAAGCUGCUUAUAAGCAGAACUUUGAAAAAUUUCAAGGUAGCAGCUUUCUUCCAGAUGUUAGAGCAGCGUCAGAACAACCUAAUGGUCUGGUUUGCUUGCAAAGAAUACUUCUUUCGGAUAUCCAAAAAGGGAAAACAAAGAAAAUAUACAGCAUAGAUGAAGGAAUGAGCAAGAUCAAACUUCUUGUGCGUUGCAAAAGGGUUCUUAUAGUCCUUGAUGAUGUGAAUCACUCUGAGCAAUUCAAUGCAAUUCUUGGAAUGCGAGAAUGGUUUCAUCCAGGAAGUAAAAUUAUCGUAACAACUAGACAUGAAAAUCUGUUAAAUGAUCAUGCAGUUUAUGCAAUGUUUAAGGUUAAAGGAUUAGGUGAGGGUGAAUCACUGGAGCUUUUCAGUUGGCAUGCCUUCAAACAAGCGCAUCCUAUCAAAGGUUACAUGAACCUUUCAAGAUCUGUAGUACAACACUGUGAAGGCCUUCCACUAGCUCUCCAAGUUUUGGGAUCUUCUCUAUUUGGAAAAAGUGUAGAUCUAUGGCAAAGUGCAUUACAGAAGUUGCACGUGAUUCCUGAUGACAAGAUUCAAAAGAUUCUUAGAAUAAGCUUUGAUUCUCUAAAAGAUGAUCAUGACAGGAAUUUAUUCCUUCAUAUUGUCUGUUUCUUCAUAGAAAAGAAGAUGGGUUAUACAAUUACAGUACUAGACAAUUUAAAUUUUUACACAAGGAUUGGAAUUCAAAAUCUAGUUGAUAGAUGUCUAGUGGAAAUUGAUAUAGACAACAGGUUGAUCAUGCAUCAAUUACUUAGAGACAUGGGAAGGGCAAUUAUUCGUGAAGAAUCACCCGAGGACCCUGGAAAGCGUAGUAGAGUGUGGCAUAAAGAUGCCUCUGAUGUUUUGAGAAAAUUAACUCAGGGAACAGAAACUAUUAAGGGACUCAUGCUCAACCUUCCUAGCGAGGCAAUAUUUAGUACAAGUAACCAAAACCGGUGCCAUGUUGAAGAUUUUGAUGGAAAUUGUUCAAGACGACGUCGACUUGGUUACUUCUCUUGGAUAUCAAUUAACUCUUCCUCAACAAAUUCAGCUGCUGCAUCAAAUGAGGUAGACUUCAAGGCAGAGGCAUUUAGAAGAAUGCACAAUCUUGAACUGCUCCUGCUCGAUAAUGUAAAAGUCGGUGGAGAUUAUGAAGAUUUUCCAAAAAAAUUAAUAUGGUUGUGCUGGCGAGGAUUCCCUUUAAAAUCAAUACCAGAAAAAUUUUAUUUGGAAAAUCUGGUUGGUCUUGACCUACGAAAUAGCACCCUACAACAUGUUUGGAAGGGAACCAGGUUUCUUCCAGGACUGAAAAUUCUUAAUCUCAGUCAUUCACAUAGCCUUGUGACAACCCCCGACUUGUCAGGAGUCCCUAACCUUGAGAAAUUGAUUCUUAAAGACUGCAUAAAUUUGGUUGUGAUUGAUGAAUCCCUAGGAAACCUGGAGAAACUCAUCUUCUUGAAUCUAAAAGACUGCAGAAGUCUCAUGAAGCUUCCAACAAGAAUUAGCAUGUUGAGAUCUCUUCAGGAACUUGAUCUUUCUGGGUGCUCAAAGCUUGUGCUUCAUACCAGUACGACUGCUGCUAAUCACUUACACUCUACAACUAGAGUUAGGAAGAAAUUAAAUAUGUUAUCAGAAAAAAUAUGGCAAUCGAUAUGGUUGUGGAGGUCAUGGGUAUCACCAAGAAAUAAGCUUGAAUCAGCCAGUUUGUCCAUGGAAAUCUGGCCAAAUUGCUUAGGAACCUUAAGUCUGGCUGACUGCAAUCUGUCAGAGAUUCCUGGUGAUCUUAGUAUCUUGUCCUUGUUGAAGCAUUUGAAUCUAAGUAGAAACCCAAUUCUGAGGCUACCAGAAAACAUGAACGGUCUUAUUAUGCUCCAGACUCUUGAGAUACAAGGUUGCACAAAGCUACGCACUCUUCCAAAGCUCCCACGGAGUCUAAGAAAAUUGCAUGCAAGUUAUUGUACAUCACUUGAAAGAAUAACGAAUCUACCAAACAUGUUUGAAUCAUUGGAUUCAAGUCUUUGGAAAUGCAAGAAGUUACAUGAAGUUCAAAGCUUGUUCAACAUAAAACCAUUGGGAAGGGUUGACAUAGAAAUGAUCAGUGAUAUGGGCCUGUUUAAUUUGGAAUCCACAGGAGGAAGUACUGAAGUUGAAAUGACCAACUACAUGACAUGUACAACAAGGAAGGGUCCCCUCCAGGCACUGUAUGAAUGUGGCAUAAUUAGUAUUUUUGUUCAAGGAAACAAAAUUCCAGAUUGGUUCACCUACAGGAGCAUGGGUAAUUCUGUUUUGUCUAUUAUUCUACCUUCACAUCUUAAUCUCAAGAUCCGAGGGUUAAAUGUAUGUGUUAUGUAUUCACGCCGCCCAUUUUGGUUUAGUGCUACAAACUUUCUUAAAGUUAGUAAUGAGACCAAAGGUCUUAAGUGGACCUAUUGCCCAGUUGCAGCAGGUCUCCCAAAAAAGAACCAAGACAUGCUAUGGCUAAGCCACUGGCGGUUUGAAAAUGAUGAAUUGGAGGAAGGAGAACAAGUGCAUGUUUCGAUAAAUGAGGAAUUUAGUUUCUGGGCAAAGGAGUUCUGUAUCCAGCUUGUGUAUGAGAAGGACCCAUCAAAAAGUGAAAAUAUAACAAUCCAACAGGAAACACCUCCUUCGAGCCAGAUUGCUGCUGCUGGAAAUGUAUCAGCAUCAGCAUCCAAGUAUCAAUUCGGGGCGGGCAAAUACUUUUUAUCUAACCAUCGGGCUCGUAUUCAUCAAUGUCAAUUCUCAAAUAGCCAGAUGAACGCAGCGUCUCUUGAAUAUUCAUACUUAUUUGAUCAAGAUGUUCAUCCUCCACGAAGGAUUGGCCUUCAUCCAGCAUUGUUCUUUGACCGUUGUAAGAGAAACAUCAGCAAUAUUAAUUGUCUCCAGUUGAUUUGCACUAAGUUGAAAUCAUAGCCUUGAGUUUCCAAUAGGUUGAUUUUUUUUAUGGCCCAGCUGGUACUAGCUGUUUGAACAAUAAACAAGAUUCCAGAUUGGUUCCCCAACAGGAGCAUGAGUAACUAAUGAGACAAAAGGUGUUAAGUGGACCUAUUGGCCAGUUAGAGCAGGCCUCCCGAAAAGAACCAAGAUAUGUUGUGGCUGUUUAAAAAUGAUGAAUUGGAGAAGGAGAAGAAGUAUCAAGUCUGGAAAACCCCUCAAUGUGUGUCAGUAUCAGCGUCAAAGUAUCAAGUCUGGACGGGCAAAUACUUCCUCUGUAACCAUUGGUUUUUUAUUUUUUUUAUUUUUAUUAACUAUGAAACAUUGCAAAUUUACUUAUAAAGAAUAACUUUUCUUUU